AUGACCUUCAACGAGAUCGUUCGAGACACCUGGGCAUGGCACGUCAUACGAGCCGUCACCAGGGCCAGGCAUCCGGCGUUCCAAUACUUUGACGAGAGACAUCCCUUGAUCCGUCAGAGAUACACGGAAAAUGGCUAUGAUCGGUCAGGCUCGGGACUCUCAUAUGCUUCGAGACACACCGAAGUUCGAGCAUUUUCACUAGACUCUGAGAAGUCAGAUAGCGAGAUCCCGGGCAAUCAGACAAUCAGCCGUACGACGUGGGAAAAGUAUGGCAUCGAGAAUAGAAGAGGUCUCCAUCUCGUCGAGUUCUUACCAAACGACCCAGAGGUAACAAAGAUCGCAACCCCCUUUUUUCACUCUCACCUUUUGGACAUCGUAGCUAAGGGUCCAAUACCACAGAACCCGAGAAACUGGUCCGUCAUGAAGAAAGCCAUCGUCAGCUUCCACAUCUGCCUCCUCGUCAUCGCCGUCUACGCAGGCGCAUCAAUCUACACCGUCAGCACCCACGGCGUCCGCCAGCAAUUCGGCGUCUCGGAGGUCGUCGCCCUCCUAGGACUUACAGUCUUUGUCCUAGGCUAUGGGCUCGGGCCAAACGCAAAGAUGGUCUGGAGCCCCCUCUCCGAGAUUCCCCAGAUCGGCCGCAACCAAAUCUACAUACCCGCCCUCACAAUUUUCGGCCUCGCCCAGAUCCCCAUCGCCCUCGCCACCUCCAUCGGCAUGCUCCUCGGCUUCCGCUUCCUCGCGGGCUUCUUCGGCUCCCCCGUCCUCGGCUCCGCCGCCGGCAUCCUGGACGACAUGUUCGUCUCCCGCAAACACACCUACGCCAUGGCUUCUUUUUGUCUCAUCGGAAUCUCCGGUCCCACUCUCGGGCCCAUCGUCGGCGGCUUCGCCGUCGAGCUUAAGGGCUGGACCUGGUCCGCUUGGAUCGUGUCUUGGUUAGCCGCCUGGAUUCUCGUCGUGCUCAUCUUCUUCUUGCCAGAGACGAGCGCCGAUAACAUCUUGUAUCGACGGGCCAUGCGUUUGCGGAAAGUGACGGGCGACCCGGGUUUCGUCUGCGAGGCGCAGCUGCGCGCGGAUUACACCGCCGGCACGGAAGUCUUCAAAGCACACCUUGUCCGGCCCUUCACCUUGGUCCUCACCGAGCCGGCCGUCUACUUUCUGAACCUGUAUAGUGCCUUCGCCUACGGGCUGAUGUACAUCUGGUUCGAGGCCCUGCCGUCAGCCUACGGGGAAGUAUAUCAUUUUGGCACCGGCAAACAGGGCAUCGCGCUGCUAGGUCUCAUCGUCGGCGUCCUGCUCACCAUCCCGCCGUUCUUCCUGUACUACCGCAAACGCAUCGAGCCGCAGUUUGAUCGCGACGGCAACAUCGAGCCGGAGAAGCACCUCCAUCCGGCCAUGGUCGGCUGCCUCUUCAUCCCGGCCAGCUUGGUCUGGUUUGGGUGGACGGCGCGGCCCGAGAUAAGUUAUCUCGUCCCCAUUGUCGGGUCGUCGCUUUUCACGGCGGGUGGGUUGCUGCUCUACAUCUCGAUUCUGAAUUACCUUACCGAGUCGUACCCGGAUCACGUCAGUUCCGUCUUGGCUGGGAAUGAGCUGUUCAAUGCCAUGUGCGGGGCUACGUUCCCGCUGUUCAUCCCGCCCAUGUAUUACCGGUUCGACGUGCUCGGGUCGAGUAUGAUUCUGGCCAUUUUCGCUGUUGCGUUUGUGCCUUUGCCGUAUAUUUUGUACAUGAGGGGAGCCAAGCUUAGAAAACAGAGCAUUUACGCAAGAAAAGGAAUGUGA